CAGCCAAAUUUCCUGCACAUCUCCCAAACAAGGUAUAAUGCACAAGUGACUUUUACCAUGGAACUGAAGAUGUGCAGCUCUCAGCUGGUCCUCUACUUUAUAAUCUCUGUAUCAGCUGUGUCAGCUCAAGGUCGAGAAAGCUGUGAUGGGAGAUGCGGUGAAAGGUAUCUUCGCGCGGAUUUAUGCCAUUGUGAUUAUAACUGUAUGUCUUACUCGGAAUGUUGUCCGGACUACAAGUCAGUUUGCACAACAGAGAACUCAUGCAAAGGACGAUGCCAUGAGGGCUUUAUAAGAGGACUGGCAUGCGACUGUGACCCGGGAUGCAAAGAUUUUGGCAAGUGCUGUCCAGACUAUGAAUCGGCUUGCAAGAAACCGACUCCGCGGCAGCCACCUUCUCGUUCAUCAGAGGAUCCCGAACCUGAGGCAAGAGAUAAUCCUCCGGAACCUACUAAAAUACCAGAGGAUGAAAUGACAAAAGAUAAUAUUCAGAGAGAUGAAGCCGUGCCAGACAAAGCACAUGAAAUUCCCAUAGAUAACAAGGAUCCUUCACUGGGCAGUCCACCAUCAUUGUCACCGAAACAAAGUAGGAAGAGAAGCCCUAGGAGGCCAGAAAAGAAGACAAAUAGCAAUAUAAUGUAUCCAGAUGAUAGAGAAGACCCUACAGUGGAGAGUACUUCAUCAUUACCACCACUAAAAAAAACUAUAAAAAGGAGCCCUAAGAGGCCAGAAAAGAAGAGAUCUAGGAAAUUAAAAUAUCCAGAAGAUGAUGCAGAAGAUCCCUACAAGGGAAAAGCACCAUCUAAGUAUCAUAAAAAAUCUCCCCCAAAUAAGAACAGUAAGAGUCCAACCAAUUCUUCACCUAAAAAACCAAGAAAGAAGAAAAGGAAGUUUAUAGUAGUGUAUGAAGACGACCCGGAAGAUUCCACUGAUAAUCCACCAAAGGAUAAAAGUACACCACCAAAAAAGGCUUCUAAAUCCCCCAAAAACAAAAAACCUGGGACAAUUGAGGAAUCAGAAGAAAAAAUUGAAGAGUCAGAAGAGAAUGAGUCCUCCUCCUCUUUUUCUUCAUCCUCUUCUUCGUCAAGUGUAAAGGGAAUUAAAACAUCCAAAAAACUGUCAAGGAAAAAUCAAAAGAAAAAAAAGCCUGGACAUGAUAAGCCAGAUCCAGACAACCCAGAUAAUACAGAGCCAAAACGGAAGCCAGAAGACAAAAAUAGUAAGCCAAAGAAACCCAGAACCAGAAAGAUAAUAGAAGGUGAUGAUGACCCUGAAGAUCCUGAAACCCCUCCAGAAGAGCCAACUCCGAGGCCUAAAGACAAAGAUAAUAAACCAAAAAAAUCCCAAACCCCAAAGACAAAGAAAGGCGAUGAUGAUCCCACCGAUCCCAAAACACCUCCUGGAGGGUCAAAUCAAAAGCCACAAUCACCUAAUGAUGAAAAAGAUGGAAAACCCAAAGAACCAAAAAUUAAAGAGCCAAAUAAGAAACGUCCUGGUGACAAUGAUCCUGAAGAUCCAGAUAACCCUCCAGCAGAUCCAAAUCAAAACCAUCCUGUUUUGAAAGAUGAUGAACUAAGGAAACCCAAAACCCCAAAUACAAAGGAAGAGGGUGAAGACCCAAAAGAUACAGAAAAGUCUCCAAAAGGGCCCAAUCAAAAGCCACGCUCACCUAAUAAUGAAAAACCCAAAGAUCCAAAACUGAAAGGACCCAAUCAAAAGCCACGCUCACCUAAUAAUGAAAAAGAUGAAAAACCCAAAGAUCCAAAACUGAAAGAGCCAAAUCAGAGGCGUCCUGGUGACAAAGAUCCUGAAGAUCCAGACACCCCCCCAGAAGGGCUAAAUCAAAAGCCACGCUCCCCUAGUAAUGAAAAAGACGGAAAGCCCAAAGAUCCAAAAAAUAAAGAGCCUACUCCAGAGGGUUCCCGAGCAUCUCCUGGUGACAAAACAAAUAAUCCCCAAAAGACAAAGACACCAACUGUUAAAGAAGAAGAGGAUAAAGAAGCAAAUGAAGAUACAGAUGACAACACCUCUUCAUCUUCUAAUCUAAAGAACACAAAAAAGCGUUCACCUGCAAAUACAAACAAGAAUCCAAAGAAGAAAAUCAAGCCAGUGGGAAACACAGAUGAAGAUCCAUUCGGUGACCCGUCACCAGACAAAGGAAAAAAGAAGCGAAUUACCAUAGUACCAAAAAAGAAAAAGAAAAGGGUUAUAUACAUAGAUGAAGAUGAUGAUGAUGAACCAUCAAAACCAGGCAAAGGGAAAAAACCUAAAAAGAAACCUUCAAACAAAAACAUAGUUAAAAAAAAGAAGGUCAACUCGGAGGAAGAAAGACAAGAAACUGUGGAGAGUGAGUUUUCCAGUUCUUCUCAGUCAUCAACAUCACAUAGUAGAAGCAAAAAAAGUAAGAGGCGGAUGACAGGGAAAAAUAAGAAAAACUUAAAGAAGAUUCCUGAGGAACCAGAACAGCCAUUAAAGCCACCAAAGCGUAAAAAAGAUAAAAAGUUCCCUCCAACGCCUGAACCCACCUUUAUUUCUGAAGGUUCUGGAGAUGAAGGCAGUGGAAUGCCAACUACUAUGGCAGCUACAACUCUAAUUACCCAAUCACCAACUACUGAAUCACAAACUACAGUAGGAACAAAAAAAACAGAAGCUACAGUAAUUCCAUCAACAAAGCCACAAACACGUAGUACUGAUGUAACCUCAUACAAGACAACACCAAGUACACCCAAUCUGUUGACAACGGGAGAAACACAUGAGAAAACUUCAACUACAAUAAGCCCAAACACUCAGACUUUAUCCUCACAAAAGGCAACACCAAGUACACCCAGCACUGUGUCUACUGAGGAACAACCUGCAAAAACAUCCACCACAAUGAGUCCCCACACUCAGGCCUUAACCUCAUAUAAGGCAACAAGUAUUUCCAAUAUUGUGUCUACAGGACAAUCUGUAAAAACUUCCACUACAAUGAGCACCCACACUCCACAGGAAAGAACCACAGGACAGAGCAUGAUGACAAACACUCCAGUUCAACAAAUGAGCACACUGAAAACUCCCAAGGACCAAAGCACUACAGAUUCUAGUGAUAUUAUUGCUACAACAAUCUCUGAAAUACUGCAGGAAACAACAAAAUCAAUGUUAUUAAAUAGCACGCCAGUGGAUCCAACAAAACAAACACCGCUUGAGGAUAAUAAUAAGUAUACCACCUCUAAACCAACAAGUAGUGCAGAAUACAGCACAACUACCAAAUCAGCACAAACAACAACAACUGACAACAAUAUGGUAUUUUCUACCACUGCUACACCUGGAAAAGUGUUAGAUAAAGACAUCACAGUAGCCACGGAAACCACAAUGAAGCAUUCAGUUCAUACUGUUUCUACUAAAAAACCUGAAGAGGAACUAGAGCUUUCUUCACGGGCCAAGAGCACAGUACGUCCAGAGCAAAGGCCAACUCUAACAAAGAGAACAAUUUAUGACGCCACAACAAAACCUGUCAACACAAAGACACCCACCCCAUCCAUGUAUUCCACCAAAACAACAAAUCCUACUAGAGUUCCAACAGCCAGGAAAAUGAAUGAUGAAGAGAUGGGAAAUAAUAUUAACAUCACAAAGCUAGAAAACCCAUUUCAUGUUUGCGAUUUGCUUAAGGAUGAAGGAAUAAAGUUGAGAAUAUCAGACCAUGACCUGCAGCUUAUCACCGACAUGUGUAUGGAAAUGCAACAACAGCAACCACCUGUAAGUACACCAGCUCCAGAAACAAGGAAGCCUACUGUAAAUUAUGGAAAUAUCCCCCCAAGAUACACAUAUGCGGCAUCUAACUUCAACCAACAACCAGAAACAAGAAUCAUUGAGAUUGUUGAAGAAAUAUAUAGGAGAAUGAAUAAUUCUCCAGUGAUAAAUAUAACAAUCGUACCUGGUCAGAACAUAUAUAAGCCAACAGUAUGGUUAUUGUUGCUUAAUAAAAUCAAAAGCUCAUAUGACCCAGAGAAGAAUUUGUGUAUUGGGAAACCAGCAGAUGGAAUGACUACUCUGCAAAAUGGAUCUAUGGUGGUGUUUCGAGGUAACUACUUUUGGACGCUAAAUCAGGGAGGAGUGACAGAAAGCCCACGUAAGAUCAGUGAAGUGUGGGGUAUUCCAUCUCCGAUUGACACCGUAUUUACUAGAUGCAAUUGUGGUGCCAAGACUUUCUUUUUCAAGGGACCACGUUAUUGGCGUUUUACCAACGAUAUUAUGGAUCAAGGAUAUCCAAAAGAAAUUACUAAAGGAUUUGGUGGACUCAGUGGUAAAGUAACCGCUGUUCUGCCAGUGGCUGGAUUAAAUACAAGGCCAGAGUCCGUCUAUUUCUUCAAAACAGGUGGAAAUGUUCAAAAGUACACAUUUCGUCAAGAACAGUCCAAGAAGUGCAUUAAAAAGAAACGUCCCGUCGUACAAUACCCCAUUUACUCCCAAAGAGUCCAAACUGUAAAGUAUCGUUUUCCAAGAAAUACCGUGCGACAUCGUAUAGUAAUACAUCGUAGGAUCUCCAAAGUACAACAUCAGCAGCCAUUAGGCAUUCUUCAUGAAGAGACUACUGUUCGUUCAACCUGGAGAGGAGUUCCAAACAACAUUAUCUCUGCAGUUUCUCUUGCAAAUCCGGAGAAGCAAGAUGGAUUUGAUUAUUUUGUGUUUAAUAAAGAUAAAUACUACAAUAUAAACAUGUCAAGCAAAGUAGCAGUGAAACCUCCACCUGAAUCCGAGCAGAAAACAUCAAAGGAUUGGUACAAGUGCAAAGAAUGAACGGAAAACAUGAAGCUACUAUAAUAUUAAACUACUUUAUCAAUAAAGACUUUACUUUUACUUUGGAAAUAAGAUACAUAAAUGUAAAAAUAUGCUAAAAACAAAUUAUAGACUAUUUAUUUUACAAAAAUGCUGUAAUUCUGUCUGACCAACUUCAAUGAGAAAACUGUUAAAAAAUAAUAAUAUUUAUUGGUAAGAAAAUCUAAAUUACAGGUGCCUUUAAAAAAGGUAAAAUAAUAACUUGUUUUGAUGCAAUUAAAAGUAAACAACAAAUGUCAUUUUAUGGACCAUGAUUCUGAAAGCCUCCACACUGUAUCGAUACAAAAACAAAAUCAAAUAAAUACAAUUCCAGAAAUGUAAUGCAGUUUCUUCUGCAGUAGCAUCUUAGUAAAUAGUAAAUAAGCUUAAUAA